AUGUCUAGCAAUCAACCCCAACAAGACUUGAUAUUCUUUACUGACAAUUCAUUGAUCCCUAGCGAUGUAUUAUCCUCACAAGCCUCCUAUUUGUCAAUAAUAACCCAUGUUCAAGGAACAUCACCUACAUGGUUGAUAAAUUCGUUGAUCGAGACCGCAUUGAUGGGCACGGCAUCGGUAGUGAACUCCGAUCUUAAACGUAUACCUAAACGAUCCAAUGUUCUUGUUGCUUCAUUCUCACAUCCCCACGAGUUUUACGUGAGAAAUUGUAAGAAAAAUGGAUUGGAUCUUUCAAGUAAUCCUCAGUUUGAGUUUGUGGAUUGUUUCUCAACAUUGUUUACUGAAUUAGUUAGCAAACCUAGCGAUGCCAAGCGUGACGUUGAUGCAUUGUUUGAUAAGAUCGUUAAACGAGUGACUAAUCCAAACAUGGCCGUCUUUAUUGAAGCUCCAGAGACGUUGUUGUAUGCAACCAACAUCUCCAGUUCUGAUUUGUUAUUCAAUUUAACCAAAAUCAAUAAGAAUUGUCGUCAAUUGUAUGUGAUCAGUUCCAAGGAUUACCCCCAGUAUGUUGACUUUGACACCACAAACCCCCAAGAUGUCUCAUUCAAGACAACCGAUUUCUUGGUUAAGUUACACCACAGAUCUCUGUUGAACAUCACUCUCGAACCAUUAUCUACGGGCCGAGCCAAGGAUAUUACAGGAAGCAUAACCAUCUCACGCGGAUCAAUACCGUAUGAAACAGUCAAAGUGAACGAACGAGAAUACAUCUACCACGUAACCAAAGACUCAAAUGUCAAAUUGUAUUUCAGAUAA